AUGCAUGUCCCACGAGCAUAUCACACAGCAUCCACAUUAGCAAAUGGAUCAGUAUUAGUUACUGGUGGGUUCAAUAACAGUGCUCUCAAUAAUCCCGAAUUGUACAAUCCAUCAACAGGCACUUGGACAACCACAAACAGCAUGAGUACCGCACGAUAUUUUCACACAGCAUCCACAUUAGCAAAUGGAUCAGUAUUAAUUUCUGGUGGAUUUAAGACUAGUGUUCUCAGUAGUGCCGAAUUGUACAAACCAUCAACAGGCACUUGGUCAAACACAAGCGCCAUGAGUGUUGCACGAAACACUCACACAGCAUCCACAUUAGCAAAUGGAUCCGUAUUAGUUGUAGGCGGAUCCAAUGGUAGUUAUCUCAAUAGUGCUGAGUUGUACAAUCCAUCAACAAGCACUUGGACAAUCACAGGCAGCAUGAGUACCGCACGAGGUUAUCACACAGCAUCCAUAUUAGCAAAUGGAUUCGUAUUAGUUACUGGUGGAUGCGGCGGUGCUGCUUGCAAUAGUGCUGAAUUGUACAAUCCAUCAACAGGUACUUGGACAACCACAGGUAGCAUGAGUGUCGCACGAUCUUCUCACACAGCAUCCACAUUAACAAAUGGAUUCGUAUUAGUUACUGGUGGAAACAAUGGUGGUUAUCUCAAUAGUGCUGAAUUGUAUAAUCCAUCAACAGGCACUUGGACAACUACAGGAAACUUAAAUGUCGCACGAUCUAUUCACGCAGCAGCCACAUUAGCAAAUGGAACAGUAUUAGUUACUGGAGGGACCAACGGUGGUUAUUUCAAUAGUGCUGAACUUUAUUAA